CCACCAAACUAUUAUAAACAAAUGCACAAAGUUUAGAGAUAUUAUUACAGGGUAUCGCUCCAGUGCGCAUUUAUUGACAUAUAUCUCUCAGUUUUUGCUUGUUUUGUAUUAUUCAUUAACUGAAGUCAGUCUGGAAAGUGCCCAUAUCUUCCCAAACUCAAAUGACUCCCAUGAUAAAUGCAUGUUUUGUUUUUUUCUCUUUCUCUUUUAUUGUGCUAAUGGCGGUGCGCAAGCCUUCAUCAAAUGUCUGCAGUCUCAUUAUCGCCCACAGAGCCAGGAAUCUCCCCUUAAACGCGUCUUCUAUGUCUUCUAAUGCUCUGCAGAUGUAAUUAUGUCCUACACUACAUAAUUACCUUUCAGUUACACUAAAAACACGCUUUCACAUGUUGGAUAUGAAUGUGUGUGGAGCAGGGAGACAAUGCAGUACACCAAGCUUCUUCACUAUAACGCAGCGUCAGCGUUAAAUGCAACAACUUUGAAACAGUUCAAUGCUGUUUUCAGUCACUAUCAAUGAGAGGUGCAUCGCAGAGGAAAACCUGUAUUCAGUGUUUUGCAGAUGAAGCUCUGUAAACCCGUCCAGCGUCCAGUAAUCAUAUUUUGCAGAAGCUCUCAGGCUUCGCUGCAAACAAGCAGGCGAGUCGCUCCCAGAGACAAAGGUCUGUGCUUGUCUCCACCUUUUUCAGAGGAAGGCAGAAGGAGCAGAGGAUGGAGAAGCAGGCUGGAUGGUGAUGCUCGGUCUGUCUGCACGUCUUUCUUUCUGUUGCUCUCUCUCCUUCCCUCCCUCCCUCUCUCUCUCUCUGAGGGGGGAAGUCUAUACAAUCAAAUACAGUAGGGUACGUGCUGGCAGUAACGCGGCAGGAGAACGUCCACCGGGGUCCAGAAGUAGCUAUAUUCGGUGCUGGGACUGGAUUUACUGUACAUCUGUCUAAGAGUUGAAGAUGCAGGGGAACUGGAGGAUCCUGUUCUCGCACAUGUGCAGCACCAGCUUCCUUCUGCUCUGGAUCUUCGUCGGCUUGAAUGUGGUGGAGGUGGCGGGGUCCCAGCAAGGGAUCCCUCUGUCAGUCGUAAAGCUCUGGGCAUCAGCGUUCGGUGGAGAAAUUAAAUCCAUUUCUGCAAAAUAUUCUGGUUCCCAGCUACUGCAGAAGGAGCUGUGGGCUAUCACAGUGCCGCGUCCGGGGACCAACUCCAGUUCUGAGGCCAGUUCCUCGGUCAAGGGCAGUAGCAGGAUUAAUCCUAAAAGCUCACCUGCAUGUCCUGGACUGUGGGAGGAAGGUGGAACAACCAGAGGAAGUGCACGUAAACAUGGGGAGAGCGUCCAGACUGCAUACAGAAAGCGGCUCCAGGCUCCAAACCUUGGAACUCCUUGUCCUGAGAAAUAUAAAGAGCUUGAAAAAUCAGUAAGAGUGGAAGAAAUUGAUGGUGUGAAACUGGUCAAAAACCUGGCCAUGAAGAUGGAGGAAAUGUUUCGGAAAAAAGCAGAGGCCACCAGGCGGCUGGUGGAGGCAGCAGAAGAAGCGCACCAUCAGCAUGAAGAUAAUCCCGACUUGCAGUACGAGUACUUUAACGCGGUGCUGAUCAAUGAAGUGGACGAUGAGGGCAAUAACGUGGAGCUGGGAGGAGAGUUCCUCCUGGAGCCAAAUGACCAUUUCAACAACCUGUCAGUCAACGUCAGCCUCAGUGUGGUGCAGGUGCCCACCAACAUGUACAACAAAGAUCCUGACAUAGUGAAUGGGGUUUACUGGUCCGAGGCCCUGAAUAAAGUAUUUGUAGAUAAUUUUGAAAGGGAUCCAACGCUCAUCUGGCAGUACUUUGGGAGCGCAAAAGGUUUCUUCAGGCAGUACCCCGGAGUGAAGUGGCAUCCGGAUGAACAUGGGGUUAUCGGCUUUGAUUGCAGAAACAGGAAGUGGUACAUCCAGGCAGCGACAUCGCCUAAGGAUGUUGUUAUCUUAGUUGAUGUUAGUGGAAGUAUGAAGGGACUGAGGCUGACCAUUGCCAGACAGACUGUCUCCUCCAUAUUAGACACACUUGGAGAUGACGACUUCUUCAACAUCAUUGCAUAUAAUCAGGAAAUUCACUAUGUGGAGCCUUGUUUGAAUGGCACGCUGGUCCGGGCAGACAGAGCCAAUAAAGACCAUUUCCGUGAACAUCUGGACAAGCUGUUUGCCAAAGGGAUCGGGCUGCUGGGGGAAGCUCUGAACGAGGCGUUCACAAUCCUGAAUGAUUUUAAUCAGACUGGUCAUGGCAGUUUGUGCAGCCAGGCCAUAAUGCUCGUGACGGACGGAGCAACUGAAAUGUAUGACAACGUUUUUGAGAAGCACAAUUGGCCAGAAAGAAAGGUGCGCAUAUUCCCUUACCUGAUUGGACGAGAGUCUGCGUUUGCUGAUAACCUCAAAUGGAUGGCUUGUGCCAACAAAGGUUAUUUUAGUCAGAUUUCCACUUUAGCAGACGUUCAGGAGAAUGUAAUGAGGUAUCUUCACGUCAUGAGCCGCCCAAAGGUUAUCGACCACGAACACGACACAGUGUGGACUGAAGCUUAUGUGGACAGUGCUCUUUCCCAGGCACAUAAGUUGAACGAAAAAGCAGGCCCGAGUCUGAUGACGACAGUAGCCAUGCCUGUCUUCAGCACAAAGAAUGAAACGAAGAACCAGGGUAUUCUGUUGGGAGUUGUAGGAACAGACAUCCCUCUGCAGGAGUUGAUGAAGCUCAUCCCCAAACAUAUGUUAGGGAUCCAUGGAUACGUAUUUGCCAUCACAAACAAUGGCUACAUCCUGACACAUCCGGACCUCAGGCCUUUGUAUCAGGAGGGUCAGAAGAGGAGAAAGCCAAACUACAGCAGCGUGGAUCUCUCUGAGGUGGAGUGGGAGGACAAAGAUGAUAUCCUCCGCAACGCUAUGGUGAACAGGAAGACAGGAACUUUCUCUAUGGAGGUGAAGAAGACAGUGGAUAAAGGGAGGCGUGUCUUGAAGAUGCACAAUGACUAUUACUACACUGACAUCAAAGGAACUCCAUUCAGUGUCGGAGUUGCUCUCUCUAGAGGCCAUGGCAAAUACUUCUUCAGAGGGAAUGUAUCAGUCGAAGCAGGGCUCCGUGAUCUGGAACAGCCAGAUGUCGCCCUGGCAGAUGAAUGGACGUACUGCAACAUAGAGGAGGAGCACGAGCAUCGUCACCUGACCCAGAUUCAAGCCAUCAAGCUCUUCAUGACAGGCCGUAGACCGCACCUCAAAUGUGACAGAGAGCUGAUCCAGGAGGUGUUAUUUGAUGCAGUGGUCACUGCUCCACUGGAGGCCUACUGGACUGGACUGGCCCUCAACAAGUCAGAGAACUCAGACAAAGGAGUGGAGAUUGCCUUUCUGGGAACACGCACAGGCCUGUCAAGAACCAACCUGUUUGUAGCUCCCGAUCAGCUCUCUAAUAAAGAUUUCCUGACAGCGGAGGACAAGGAGGGUGUGUUUAAUGCUGAUCACUUUCCUCUGUGGUACAAGAGAGCGGCAGAGCAGGUCCCUGGCACAUUUGUCUACUCCAUCCCCUUCAGUACAGCAUUAGAAAAUAAGAGUGUGGUUUUGGCCAGCACAGCAAUUCAACUCCUUGAUGACAGAAAAUCUCCAAUUGUUGCAGCUGUAGGGAUCCAGAUGAAGCUCGAGUUCUUUCAGAGGAAGUUCUGGACUGCAUGCAGACAGUGUACAGCUCUUGAUGGAAAAUGUAGCAUUAGCUGCGAUAACGAGGACAUUAACUGUUAUCUCAUUGACAACAAUGGCUUCAUUCUUGUCACAGAGGAGCAAUCUCAGACAGGACUCUUCUUUGGAGAGGUGGAAGGUGCUGUUAUGAACAAACUUCUCCAAAUGGGAUCCUUCAAAAGGAUCACGCUGUAUGACUACCAGGCCCUUUGCAAAGAGUAUGCUGGGAGCAGUGACAGCGCACGCACUUUAUCUGAUCCGUUCUCUGUUGUUAAGUGGCUCCUGACUGAACUUGUCAUUUUUCUGCUAGAAUUUAACUUGUACAGCUGGUGGAACGUAGAUCUUUCUGUUAAAGCUCAAAGAUCUCGGGGCAAAACCACAAUGGUGCCAUGUGAUACAGAGUACCCUGCCUUUGUCUCUGAACGCACCAUCAAAGAAACAACAGGCAACAUUGACUGUGAGGGCUGUAUCAGAUCUUUUGUCAUACAGCAGAUUCCCAGCAGCAACCUCUUCAUGGUUGUUGUGGACAACAAGUGUGACUGUAGCAGUGCCCCACUCGUAACCAUGGAUCCCAUCGAGAUCAUGUACAACGAGUCACUAAAAUGUGACAGACUGAAGUUUCAGAAGGACAGAAAGAAGCCUGAAUCAUGUCACCCUUUCCACCCUGAGGAAAAUGCAAUGGAGUGUGGUUCAGCAACACGCCUCUCUGGUCCUCUAACAGUAGCUCUGCUGCCUCUGAUAGCAGUGACCAUCAGCAGGUGACCAGAAACUUGGCAGAGUCCAGCAUCCAGAGCAGGAGUCAGAUAGGACUGCUCAAAAACAAGAUGCUUAUAAACACAUAGAGAACAUGGCCAACCAGAAAUGAAUUUGCUCAUACCUCUGCAACAGGCAGCGCUCUACUAAGAAAAAUCUUUAUCUGUAGCACUGAGAGUCACAUCCAUUAAUGCAGAAAACAUAAACGAUGUGGUGCAGCAAAAGAAAAUGAAAAUAAUGGGAGUGCUUGGUGACUUUGCUCAGAGCAUUGCAGAUCAUGCCACUGCCAUACUGUCCUGAAUGUGUGUUGAAAUUAAGUAAGAGAAAGAAAUAUGUCAAACAGUAAAAACAAAUGCAUAACGUAGGAGUACAAAGUGUAAAACAAGUCCUUUUUGCAAAGGACAAUAAUAACACAUCAAAUAUGUUUGUUUCUUUGUUGUGGGGAAAAAAUGAUGGCUGACAUAAAAGUCUGCAGAAUGUAAAAUGCACUUUUGUCAUGUGUGAAAAGAAUGCAGAACAGUCUAUAUUUUUGGCAGUAAAUUGUUAAAAACAAUUGACAGUGCUGUCAUAGUUUUCUUUCUUCAAAUAUUUUAUGUUUAUUUUGUAACUCAGUUGUUUCUGGUGUCAAUAAUAGUAUGGAUCGUGUAAAGUACCAGAGAGACAAAGGACAAUUUGAACUUGCUUUAUUCUUCCAGUUUCUCUUUGUUUUAAAGCAGAAGACAUUUCAGAUGAGCUACAGAUGCAUGAUGAAGAUUUAACAGUGUGUUCAAAGAAUGUUACAUUGAUAUAAAAAUUAAAAUCCAUACUUUGUCAAGGUGACCACAUACUCUUAACCACAUGUUUAAAAAAGCUGCUGAAUAAAUACAAAGAAAUAUUUUCCUUCAUUUACCCAGUGGUGUUAUUUCUUCAAAUGUGUGUGUGCAUGCGCAUGUCUAUCUAUCUUUGUGAGGACAUAAGGACAUUUCAGCC